AUGACAGCUGUCAAAAAUAAAAUGAAAGAUAUAUGUAUUCUAUUAAAUAGUAAGAAUGAGAAAAAGAUACAGGAUGGAAUAAAGAAGUUGUGUUUGUUCAUAAAAAAUAACUGUGCCCUUUCUGAUAAUGAAUAUAACAUAUGUGUCAACACAUUAAUAGAUAAUAAUUACUUAGAUAUAAUUAUUUAUGUAUUAACAGCUGAAGUAGAGAAAACAAAGUUGUCGAAAAUUAUGCGCGAUGUUAAUUUGAAUUAUAUAGAAAUUGUGUUUUAUACAUUAAGUUGGGUACUUCGGAAUAAGUUUCAACAAUUUUGUAGAUAUGAACAAAAUAACAAAAUGGAAAAAAUUGACAUUAUUGAGAAGCUCGAAAAAUCAGAAACUUUGCACCAUAUGGGUGUAUUUUUUUGUGAAAUUUUAAACUUUUUAGAAGUCAUCAUUUUAAAUAAGUUUUGCUAUAACAGAAUAUUUAUUUUGAAUUGUAUUUUUUAUCUUUUAUUAUUCCAUGAAAGGUUUCAUAAUUUGUUUUUAACCUCAUCAUUGUUAUUAAAUUUGAUAAAAUUAAAAGAAAAGAUUCAAAUAAUUUCCGAUCUGAAGCGUAAAAAUGAAUUAUAUAAUAUAGAGGAAAAUAUUAAAGAGUUCGAUGACUUUAUAGAUGAUGGAAUAAAUGACGAAAGAAGUGAAAUAACAGAUGAUAAAAGAGAGUCAGAAUUUGAAGAAAACACAAACGAAGCAAUGAAAGAAGAAGGGUUACUUCCUAACAAACUUUUCAUAGAAAAAGAGAUCCUCUUUUGCAAUUAUAGCUUCGAGAAGGACUUAGUUUUUUUAUAUAAAUAUUUAGUAUAUAAAAAUAGGAAUAGUUUAAGCAGUGUGAGUAUUAAGAGUAUUAUGCAAAAUUGUGAUUUUUAUAGCGAAAUAUUAAUAAGAAAAAAGAAUGGAAAAAGUAAAAUAUUUAAAGAAGACAUAAUAGAUAGAAAAAAAAGAAAGGGGAAAAAAGAGAUAACAAAAAAUGAUUUUGAAUUUUUAAGAAUAUCCAUCUUAAUUUAUUUAACAUAUUGUUAUUUAUUUAGUACAAAAGAUGAUAACUUGCAUAAAAACUUUUUUAAUAUAUGUAAUGAAAUAUGUGAUAUAUAUUACACAUGUUGCAAUGAAACGUUGAAAUAUUACAUUCUCCUAUGUUUAUAUGAAAUUAUGAAGAAAAGUGAAACUUAUAAAAAUAUUAAUAUUUUUCUUUUUCUAAUAAAAUUAUUAAGCACCUUUUUAAAUGAUGUUCAGAAUAAUAUCAAUUUUACUUUGCUUUUCUUUUUAAAUAAUUUCUUAAGGGGUAAAAAAUUUACUAGCGUUUACAAGAAUUCUACGUUUAAUAACAAAUGCAUUUUUCUUUUGAAGGUUUCCUGUGAAGAGGUGAAUGAGGGGAAAGCACACGAGACGAAAAAAAUAGUGAAAGAGGGUUGGAAAAAGGGGAAGCAAGAAAGGAAGGAAGAAAAAGCGCUGUACUUCUUAGUGUUAAACGGCAAAAAUAAAAAAACAACAGAAGGGGUUAUUACUAAUUAUUGUAGCGAUAUUGUAGAAGAAUUGCGAAAAGUGCAAAACAUAAAUUAUGUACAGGUAAAAGACUUUUUCGCUUUGGAAAUUAAAAAAAAAGAAAUUCGUUCUAUUUGUUUAAUUUUUAAAAUUUUAGAGGAAUACAUAUAUUCCUGCCUUAGGGAAACAAAGCAUUUAUUUAUUAAUCAUCAUUUGAAUGAAGACAAUAACUACACUAUGGAUGAUUCAAAAAACAGAGGUUAUAAUAAUGAAAAAUGUAUUCCGAAUAAAGUGAAUGAUUCUAUUCUCUCCUUUUUAACGAACUUAAAAUUAAAUUAUGUUAUUAAUCACUAUGUCAUUGUAAAAACUAUAGACAAAUAUCAGCAUCUUAUUAAUAUGUAUUAUAGCGAUGAUAAAACACGCACAUGCUAUUAUAAGGGUAGAUUCUAUCUCUUUUUAUUUCUUAACCUUUAUAUUGAGUUAAAUAAAAUAUUCUUCAUAUACAAUUUUCAGUUAAUAGAAACAAAAAAGGAGAAAGCGGCGCUUUGUAAUAGAAUAGCAUCCAGUAGCUUAUUUUUAUUUAGUGAGAAGGAAUCCAUAAAUGAUUCCCCAAACCGAAGAGGAGAAUAUGAACCUGAACAUGAUCAUGUAAAUGAAACAGGGAAUGAUUGUAAGAAAAAUGUUUUUUCAAGAAGUCAGAAAAAGAGAAAAAUGAAAAGUGAUGAAGAAGAUGUAAAAGAAAGGGUGGAAUUAAAAAGGAAAAAGACGAAAUUAGAAAAAAAUAACAAGAUAAUAGAAAACACGUUACACACGUUAGAAGAAGAAAUAAUCGUUCCUCUUGAUAGUAUAAAUAGGGAUGAUGCACAGUGGGAAAAUAAUUAUAAUAUGCAUGAGAAGCAUAAUAAGUACCAUUAUAAAUAUAUUUAUAAAAGGAUUAACAGUGAAGCUAUGCGAAAUACGGAAUUUUUAAAUUUGUGGAAAGAGCUGAUAAAUUAUAAAAUACUUGUAGAAUUAUAUAUAAAUGUAAAAAAAGCGAAUAUAUAUAGUUAUAAUAAAAGUGGAAUAAUAAAUGAUGAUAAUGUUUUAAUUCAGAAUAUGAAACAAGCUAAUGAUUAUUUAUAUCAUUUUGAAAAUAAGAUAAAUUAUAAUCAAAAACUGCAAGAAAUUAUAUAUUUUUUUAUCCCCAUCCAUGUUACGAAUCAUGUGUUAAAAUAUUUUACCAAGAGAGAUAAGCAUCAUUAUUAUAAUUAUUUUAUAAUUUCUUACUUGUACUAUGUGUUUGAAACUUAUAAGUGCAUUUCUUUGUUUGUAUUAUCACUUGAUGAUUUUAUAAUAAUACCUAAAGGAGUUAAUAAAACAAUUUUAUUGAAAAAUGUGAAAAUAGAUUUAGAUACCACUUUUUAUAAUAUGGUAUAUUCGUAUUAUCUCUUUGAUGUUGCAUAUAUAAACAAGUAUUUGUUAAAUAUCAAAACCAGAGAUGUUCCAGGUGAUGUAUUAAACAAUAAAAAAGAGAAACAAUCGAAAAGGAGAAAUCAGGAGUAUGAGAAGUUAAAUAGAGUUCAUGGUGCAAGUAGUGGCACCGAAUCAGAUGAUUAUAUUUUCAACAUAGAUGUUAAGAAAAAAACAAUUCUGAAUACAAUACAUGACGGAAAGAACGAGGAAGGUGAUAUUCUCGAAGGGUUGCAUUAUUUCAUAAAUAAUGUUAAGAUAGAUAAUCAUAAUUUGUGGGCAUUCCAUUUUAUUUUGCUUAAAAAUUUUAUUAAUUUAUUCGACGAAUGUGAACUGAAAAAAAAAUUAUUACACGAAUUGUACAAUAAAAGGGGAAUAAUAGAAAUUGAGAAUUUUACCUUGUUUAUUAAUAUUAACGAUAAUAUAUACAAAGUAUUUCUUAAACUGUUUAUUGAAAAGUGCUAUUUUACCAUUGAGGGUUAUAAUUUGUUAGAAAAUUUAUUUCUGAUCUUCAUAUACUACAAAAAAAGGUUAAUCAUUGAGAGCGGGAAGGAAGACGGAGAAGUGGAAAAAGUGGAAGAAGAGAAAGAGACAAAAGAAAAAAAGCAAUAUGGGAAAUGCGAAAAAUGGGUAAAACACGAAAGAUGUGCAAAGUACGAACAACAUUACAACUUCAUAGAAUCAUUUUUGUUUCGAAUACUAAAAAAAACCAAUCAUUUCGAUGCUAGCCAUUUUGAUGAUUUACUUAUAUUUUUUAAAUUCUUAAGAAGCAUAACUUCUUUGCGAGAAUUUGUUGUUGCCUUGUCAGUUUUUUAUAGAUUUUUUAAUAUAUAUAAAACAAUGUUAACGUACUUAGAUAAUUUCAACGAUGCUGAAAGAACACGAAAAGAAGGACAAAAUGCAGUAGCAGCAGAAAAAAGAAGAGGAGGUAGAGGAAAAAAGAGAAGUAUGUUUAACUGUGAAAAUUCGUUAUUUUUCAAUUUAAUAAUCGAUUUUUUUUUUUCAAACAAUCAAAAUUUUGUCCUUAAUGGAAUCCCAAUGCUAAAAAUCAUUAAGGAUAGUAGGGAAGGAAAAAUUUCAAAAAAUAGUUUGAACAACGUGUUUGACUACACAGUUAAAGAUAUUGUACGAGUGUACCUAAAUUAUGUAAAUUAUAUUAAAUGUGUAUUACUGCAUAAUCCAUAUAUAUAUUUGAAUUUUAAUAAAAAGCUAAGAAAUAAGAAGACCGUAGAAGAGUUGUUUUAUUCUUUUACAAGAAGGAAAGGAUUUACCCAAUAUGAAGUUAGUAGUAAUUUGGAAGCUACUGAAAAGGCGGCAGUUAUCAACACCACAGGAAAUAUUAUUUUGAACAAACAGGGAAUUAAGCUUAAUCCUAUGACUAAUGCUAAUAAUGGACAUUCUUCGUAUAAAAACGAAAUAGAGGAGCAUGGUGCAGUAUAUAAUAAGUUUUUAAAAUUUCAAGAAAACGUAAAAUUAUUUUUAAAAGAAAUUAAAAAUGUUCAAAGAAAUAGGAAGAGUUCUCAUGAAUAUCUUUCAAAAGUAGAAAAAAUAUGCAAGAAAAAAAGUAAGAAAUUGAUGAAAAAAAAUUUUAUAAAAAAUAAAAAAGGUUGUAUUUUAAUGCAUAAUGAAGGAGCAGAAUAUGAUAGGCCUUUUGGGAAAAUCUUAAAUAAUUGCAAAAAUAUGCUAAGCAUUUAUUUAAAUGAUCAUUUCAUUCUUAAUGUAGCUAGGGGGAAUGCAGAAGAAAGUGAAGUGGCAUGGCAGGUAUCUCAUGAGGAAGAUGUAUUUUAUAAUUUGUCCAAUUUAACGAACAUCUUAUUUAAUUAUUAUUUCGUUAUUUACACAUAUGUAAAUAAAAAUGAUAAUGUGCAUAUGGAUACCUUACUUCUUUUAAUAUAUAAUAUUAAUGAAAUUUUAAAAGUGUACAUAAACCGUUGUGAGAAUAUAAGUACAAAUUAUUGUUCUUUAAUUAAACGUUAUAGAAAUUAUGACGAUAUAGAACAUUUCCUACGAUUAAAAAAUGAAGAGCAAGAUGAAGAGACGUUUUAUUCAAAUAAAUACUUCGUAAAAGUGAACAAGUUAAAUAGACGAACGUUUUUACUCUUUAUCAAAAUUUUUAAAAAAGGGUUAUUCAAAAAGUUACUGGAAUUGCUACUAAAUAUAUGUGAUAUGAAUGUAGGAGCAUUUUACGAUUUUGUUAAUCUUAAUUUGUGUUUUUUGUGUAAAAACGUAUAUUUUUUUAGAUUAAAAAAAGAAAAAUAUAUAAAAUUAGUAAGUACAAAUUUAACAUAUUUGAUGAAUAUUAUCCUACAACAAGAAGAUACUAGUAAAAACAACAAGCAUUUUAUAAGAAAAACCUGUUUCAUGAUUUUAUUUUUAUUAAAAAAAAUAGAAAGAAAGGAAAGUUUUAUAAAUAAGUUAAUCAAAUGUUAUUAUUAUGAUGAUAAGGCCGAAAUUUUACGCAUUGGGGGAAAUAGUACUUACAGCCGUGAGAAUAAUAAAAAGAAUUCUCUUUUAGAACACAUUUCGAACUUUUUUAUACGUUAUAUGGCUAAUGAAAGUAUGCAGAAAAGUUUAGGCAGCAUCUGCGAUAAGAGUACUUGUGAUACUAUAACUGUGCUAAUUAAUAUAAUAAUGAAAAAUAAAUAUGUGGAUGUCGAAAUGAGGAAUAUUUCAAACGCAUUGUGCAAAUUGUACCGCAGAACAAUUUACAAGGAAGAUAGUGUGUCAGUUAAUUAUGAUAUUAUAAAAAAAAUUAUGCUUCACGAUUUAAGUAUGAAAAAUGAUAAGAAAGGUACAUCUUGCAUUUUUAAGAGAAUUAAGAAUGAUCGUAUAUAUAUGUUAAAUUAUAAGGACAUUGACAGAGAAAGAGAUGUAUUUAUUAUGUAUAACUAUGUAAAAAGUUCUAAUAUUAACACGUUAAAGAAGAAAAAUAUACAUAGUAUAAGCAAAGAAAAUUAUAUUAUUAUGGCAUUUUUAUAUUUGAUGAACGAUAAAUAUAGACCUCCAGGUUUUGAUGAUCAGUACAAUCAUUUUAUAGAUAAUGUAACGUAUGAAAAGAUGUACUAUUUACAGAAGAAGAAAUAUCCAAGCAUCAUGGCCGAGAAAUACAUAAACAGAAUUAUUUAUGCUUACGAAAAUGUAAAGGAAAAACGUAUGAUAAGCUUUCUUCUGUUAAAUACCAAAAAAUUAAAAAAUAAAAAUUGUUUAUUUAUAGCUUUAUCAAUUUUAUUCUUCUUGGGCAAUGUAUUGGGUAAGAAAAAAAAGAGAACAUUACUGUUCAAGCAGUAUAACAAAUAUAUGGUACGUAGAAUGUGCAAGAUCAUUUUUUUUUAUUUUUAUGGGUACUUUUUUAAAAAUGACAUAAAAAGGGAUGAGCAUAUUUUUAAGUCUUACGAAAGAAUUGUUUAUUUUACUUGUAAAAUUUUGUUGAAAGAUUUUAAAAAAAGCGAACAAGAAGAAGAAAAAGUAAAAGAAGAAGUAAAAGAAGUGGAAGUAGAAGAAAAAUCGCAGUUUAAUAACAAGGCAUGCAAAAAAAAUGAACGCGAAAUACUUCCUAAUUCUGAAAUGGGGAAAGGAAGUUGUGUAAAAUUAUCUUCAUUGUAUCGUGAACAAAUUAAUCAGAAUUAUAACUUGCAAAAUGGGUAUGAUGAAAAAAAUAGAUAUAGGAGUGCGGAUACUGGUAAGAGGGCUUCUACAUAUGAUAAAGUCAGUGAGGAGGUGCAUGUGAGUAGCAAUCGUUAUUUGAAAUAUAACAAAUCUUUUAUAAAUGGCACUUUAAAAAGAAGAAGUGAUUAUGACUUUAUGUUAGUAUUGCUAAUUAACUUACUGAACAAGAAUAAGGGAAAAUUUAAUAUAGAAAAGUUAAUAGACAAAUAUAUUUAUUCCUUACUGAUUCAUAUUUCUUUUUUUCCAAAGGAGAAAAGAAAAGUUUUUUAUUAUGAAAAUGUCAUGCGAAAAUAUAUAUACAUGUUUAGUGAGGAGGAAGAUAAUAGUUUAGAAAAGAGAAAGCGGACGUAUAUACUAUUCUACUCAUAUUUUUUACUGUUUAAAUAUAUGAAAUUAAGAAAUUUAGAUGUUUUAAAUAUGAUCAAUGUUUUUUUUAAAGAUGUGUAUAUAGAGAAACUAAUUUUAGCUCAAAUAGAAAAAUAUAAAAAGGUAAAAGAGUCCCCAAAAAAAAAAAAAAAAAGUGAAAAGAUGCUAAUAAUUUUCCUACUAAAAUUAAUAAAAAUGUUUUACGAGGAAUGGUAUCGCAUAUGUAAAGAUAAAGGUGCAAGCCAAGAUAUAUAUUUAAAAACAUUAAAUAAAAAUUUAUUCCACGAAUUGAAGAACAUGUACAAUUAUACGUUGACAUGUACAGAUAUUCAUAUAAGGAAUAUUUUUUUUGUUGAUUUGUCUUAUUAUUUAAAAUCAGUUACAAUGGACAAUAUACUAAACAAUAAUCUAAUCGAUGAGGUUUUAAAGUUUAAAGAAUUUAACUUAAAUUAUGAUAAUAAUUAUAAUUGGUUAUAUAUGAACCCAAGAAUGUUAAGCAAGACAUGUCUCUAUUUUUAUAUGAAUGAAGAUGUACGUAAGAAAUUUGAAAAUAGAGAAUUUGAUUUUUUAAGUUAUUUCAAUAUGAACAGUUCAGGAGAAAAAGAAUGUUGUACAGGUGGUAGGAUGAAAAAGAGCGUCUAUAAUUAUGAGAAUAAUGGUUUAAGUAGCGGUUUCAACGAAAGUAGGAAUGGAUCAAAUGACAGGAGUAACUAUUAUUGUAACAAUAUUGCACAAGAGAGUUCACACGAAUUUUACAAUAAAGAAGAUGAUAUGUAUGAUUAUUAUGAGAAUAAGGUUGAGUUAAUGGAAAAGGGAAUUUUUUUAAAAGAUUGCAGUGGUAAAAAUCCGUAUUGCAUAUUAAACCAAAAUGAAUUUACGAAAAAGGAAACCUUUUAUUUGGCACAUAAAAUAAAAUUAAAGGAUAAUAUGUAUGAUUACAUAUUUUUGCUAUGUAUGAUUGUUAGUAAAUUAAUUUUUUGCUUUAUAUUAAUGUCUGAGAAACUGAGAGUUUUUUUUUAUCAUUUUAGAAUUUUAUACACGACAUACUAUCGUGAAAAUAUCUUUUUGAAUUAUGAUUUAUUAAAAAUGCAAGAAAUUAAUAGAAAAAUAAAAAAUUAUAUAAAGAGGUAUCCAGAUAUUCACUUUUAUAUAGAUUAUGAAAAUAAUAACAAGGAGGAAGAGGAACAGCAACAGUACAAUAAGAUGGCUAGUGUGCAGAGUUAUUAUGACAAAUUUUAUCAUAAGAAUGGAAAUAUAGUAGAUGACGGUUAUAAUAAUGUAAAUGUAAAUGAGUUUUCUGGUACCAGAAAUGGUAUAUUUGGAAAUGAUAAAAAUCUUAUAUCGUAUGAUGAUGAAAAAGAACAUUUUUAUCAUUUGAAGAAGAAUCAAAAAAAUAGUGAGAGUUGUAAAUUUUGUAUAAAAUUUAAACAAAUUCACAAUAUUAGUAACUCAGAAAGAGUUUUAAAUUUAUUCAGUAAGGAUGAAAAGGAUCACAUAAAAAAUAUGAUAUAUUAUGGGAAGACAAUUCGAACGUACUUAUUUUUACAUAGCCCAUAUGAAGAUAACAUAUAUAAAAACUGUAACACCUUUAUAAAUGUAGAGAACAUUUUACAUGAUAAAGAAAAAACAGACAUGAAUUGUUCAACUACUGCUCUUGGUCAUGUUGCUACUAACGAUGAAGUAAAUAACAACAAUAAGUGUAAUAGCAAUUCGAAGAGGAACAUGAAUGUAAUGGAUUUAAUAAAUACCUAUUGUAUUGUGGAUAGUAGUGAUUUAUUAUAUGGAAGAAAAAUGAAAGAAAAUCAUUUUAAGAAAAAUUAUAAAAAGGUGUUGAAUAAGUAUCUUCUAAAUGAUAUUGAUUUUUUUGGAAAAUGGUUAAAACCGUUUUCUUUGAAUGCUUUGAAAAUUUUGAUAUUUUGCUUAAGUAGUAAUGAUUUAAUAGUUAGAAUAAUUAGUUUAAAAGGAUUAUCUAUUUUUUAUCAGUUGUUAGAGAAUUCUUUUUUUCUUUAUAAAAUUAGAAAGAAAAUUCUUUCUUUUAAGAAGCGUGGUGUUAUUUUGGAAGAAAAGGGAAGUAAUAUUUUGUGCAAAAACAAAAGGGAUAGGAAGCUACUAAUUCCGUUCAAAGAGAUGUUUUAUUUAUAUUUUUUUAUGAAGAAAUUAAAACUUUCAGUAGAUCCUCAUUCGUAUUCUAUUAAUUCAUUUGUAUCAUCGUAUUCCUUUUUUUUAAUAAACGGUAUUUUUCAAAAAAUGGAUCUUGUAGACACUUUGAAAAGUUUGAUUAGGAAUAAAACCUUUUCAGUUUAUUUUAUUCAGGAAUAUUUAAAUAGACAAUUUAGAAAGAGUAAAUACAUAUCUUCAAAUAUCAUUAACUUUUUUAUUAUGUCAAACCAGGCUCUUUACUCUUCAAGAUAUGAUCUGAAGAAAGGAGAUAUUGAAAAAGAAGAAGAUGUAGAAAACGAUGGAGGGGGGGAAAGUGAAGGUGCAAGUGGAGCACAAAAUAGAAUGGAAAACGGAAUAGAAAACGUAGAAGAAUAUCCGAAUGAUAACAUGUAUUCCUCAAAAAGCAAGAGUCAGCGAUAUUAUUAUGAAAAAAAUAAUUACCUUAAGGAAGACUCAUAUAAUAAUAAAGAAGUUUAUGUUGAGCGGAAAAACAAAACGAUAUAUAUAGAUAGAAGUUUCUAUGCAACAUCUAAUAUCAACAGUAGAAUAACGAUGCGUGAUUUUGGAAUGGCCGAUAAUGAGAUAGGAGAAAAUGUAUACCAGGAAAAAACAAUAAUUAAGAAGAAGGAUAGGGAUAGGGGUAAUAAUAAUAGUAAUAAUAAUAAUAAUAAUAAUAAUAAGGAAGUUAUGGAUAAAUUUUAUUACAUUCAGAUAAAUCAUAAAAAUGCCAUAAAAAACAUGUAUAAUGUUUUAAAUAAUAGUUCUAUUUUCGAAAUUUAUUUAUCCUUAUUUUUUAAUAAUUACUUAAAUUAUUAUUUGCUAAAGAAGUUUUUAAUUUUGCUUAUCACCUCUAGUAGUGUACUAUGUAUUGAAUAUAUGAAGCUUGAGUGUGCUGAAGGUGAGACUCCUCUAUUUAGAAGUAAUGAAGGAGAUGGAAAUAAUUACAAAAAUGGUUUCAUUAAGUAUGAAAAUAAUAAAAACCAUUGCUCUGAUCAUGUUAGUACAGAAGAAAAGGGAUGGAGAAACACAAAUGAGAACAGUAGCGUACAAUUGUAUCUUUAUAAGGAAAAGGACGUAGCUGAUUAUUAUAAUAAUAGAGGAAAUAUUAACAAAACAAACAGGUCAAAUUGCAACGUGAACUACUACAUUAAAAAAAAUUUAGUUCUUAAGCUAAUUACACAAAACAAUAUUCUCCUAUGGCUAGAUUCGAUGAUGCACCAAAAACUGUUUAAAGAAGAAAUAGCAUUUCAUUUUCCUUCUUCUUUUAUGUUUCCCCUCUUAAACUUUUACGAUUUAAUGAAUGAAAAUGAAAAGUAUUACAUGAAUAUUAUUAACAGGGAAAUAGUAUUAUUAGAAGAAAGUGGUGCUCCCAUAACUUUUCAUAUGAAAAGGGAUCUAAUACCCAUUUCUAAUUAUAGAUUUUUUGGGGGGAAUGGAGAAGCGGAGUAUAAAAAGGAGAAUGUUCCUUCUAAUAUAGAGAACAUAAGUACAAAAACUACCUCAAAUGACGUUACUGCAAAUAGGGUGGAAAAGGUAGGAAAUAUUUUCAUACAUGAAAAGAAUUGCACAGGAAAGGAAGUUAAAACAAAAAAUGGCAAAAUCACGGAAAAAGAGAGUAGCACUAGGAUAAGAAAUAUAGAUAGCAGAAUAAUUAGCCGUAUGAGUGGUAGUAUGGAUAAUAUUACAUUUAGAAAUAGAGGAAAUGAUAUGAAUAGUCGUGAUCUUUUGUAUUCUUUGUCACAUAUGGAAAAUAUGGUGAGAAAUCGCUACAUCAUGGGGUACAUUUUUAAAGAAAGUUAUGAUAAAACGUCAGAUGUAUUUUUUUGCCUUUCCUUAUUUAUAAAUAAUAUAGUGUCUAACUUAUUUUACCCAAGCAUAAGUUACUAUCAUAUUUUUACGAAUAUGGUACUAAAUCAAGAAAAGAAAAGAAUUAAAAGAUUUAUACUAAGUAAUGCAUAUAAUAUAAUUUGUAAGAAUAAAAAAGAUAAUAACAAAUUUGAUAUAUGGAAUUUCUGGUUUAACAAUUUUCACAAAUCUAUUUCUUGUAAAAUUCGAAAUAUUCUUUUUAUUAAUAAGGUAGAUGGUAGUUUGAGAGGUAAUAAUUUAAAUAUAUUUUACGAUUUAAUGAAAAUUAUAAGGUAUUUAUGUAGAAGCUUAUAUUAUAUUUUUAUAAAUUUAUUUCAUAAAGAAUAUUUCUACCUAUUUAUUUAUUAUAAUAAUAAAAAAAAGUAUUUAAAUAAAGAAGAUAUUGCUUGUUUGAAGAACACUAACAAGAACAACGUACAUAUAUGUAAAACAUUUCUUAAAUAUGUCUACUUGUUAUUUAAUAUUGUGUUUAACAUAUGUACAUGUUUAUAUGAUCAAGGAAUAUCAAAAAAUAAUUUAUUUAAUAACCUAAUUUCAACAAAUGUAUCUGUAGACUUACAUUUUGUGAAUGAUGACAUAAGUCUGAUUAUGAAUGAAGUGAUGAUUUUUUUUGAAAAUGUGGUAAUCCUUUAUAAUUAUUUUAAUACUUGCAAUUCGAAACGCUUGAAAAGGGAUAGAACACAAUAUGAUCGUAAUCGGUUAAUUAGUGGUGAAGAAGCUCAAUAUGGCAAAGUGGAAGGAAAGGAACACAAAGGUGUUGACGAAAAUGGUGGACAAAUUAAUGGAGGAGAAAAUAAUGGUGAAGUAAAUGGCGCCGAUGACGAAAAUUCCAAAAAAAUUGAGAUGUAUUACAUGGACAUACACAAAAAGCUAUUAAAAGAAACGUACAAUAAAUCUCCACACUUUUCAAAUUAUUAUUUAUACAGAAAGAUAAUAUUAUGUGUAUUAUGUUUGAUUCAUACGAAAUGUUAUAAGAAAAGCAAAUAUUUUUAUUAUAUAUUUUUAAAUAAAUUAAUUACAAUAUAUCAUUUCUUAGAAGAGGGAAGCAGACCAAAGGUUUACUUAUAUAUAUAUGAACUAUUUAGCAUUAUCAGAAGGAACACUCUUCAAUCUUUGCUAAAACAAAUUAUUUAA